AUGUCCAACCCCAGUGAGACAGAACUAAUUCAUAUGUUUAAGGGGAUUCCCUUUACCACCAGGUCUUCUCUAGAACUCUUAAAAUCCUUGGAUACUUUUGAUGCUAGGGAAGAUGAUGUCCUUUUGGGUUCCUAUCCCAAAUCUGGCACACACUGGCUGGCAGGAGUUAUAACAAAGCUUUACAAUACUCCAAUUACACUAACAUCUCCCAUUGAAUAUGGAGAUGUUUCCAGACUGGAGGAACUGAAUAAACUCUCAUCAAAGAGAAUCAUCCCAACGCACUUGGACUACAACAUGUUGCCUUCAAAUUUUAAGAAUAAAAACUGCAAGAUGAUCUACAUCAGCAGAAAUCCAAAAGAUACUGCAGUUUCUAUGUAUCAUUACUACAGAGAGAAUCCACACCUUCCCACUGUUGAUACCUGGACUGCUUUCUUUGACUUGUUCUUAGAAGGAGACGUUGUCUGUGGAUCUUGGUUUGAUCAUUUCCUAAGUUGGGAAGAACAUAAAAAUGACAAAAAUAUCCUGUUUUUGUUCUAUGAAGACAUGAAGAAGGAUCUCCCUAAGAUUGUGAAGGAAAUCAGUGUGUUCCUGGACAUAGACAUCAGUGAUGAUGAUAUCCAAGACAUCUGCAAGAAGUCAUCCUUCUCAGAGAUGAAAAAUGACACUGAAAAAGAAAACAGUGACCCCAGUCACACGGUCUGUGCCCUGACAUCCAACAGGAAGCUGAUCUUCAGAAAAGGUACUGUUGGUGAUUGGAAGAACCAUUUCACUCCGAAACAGAACUUAAAGUUUGAGGAAAUAUUUAAUGAGAAAAUGAAGCUCAGCAAAAUGGCAAAAAGUCUCACCUAUGAAUUCUGAUUCCACAGGCAGAACAAUACUCAAUUAUCAAAUUACAAACACAGAGAGAGCAACUGGUGGGAAAUUCUGGAUGGGGGCUAAUAGACUGUAAAAGUUAAAAAAAGUUCAGCACUGCUCUUGGAACUGAUGCCUCGAAGAUGGAAGCAGCACUGACUGAUCACGUUCAUUUAGCUUGUUUACAUAAAUUUACCUCAGGUAUCAGCCUUACAUUUCACCUAGUCAAACAGUAGAAGUGUGAAGAAGGAUUGUGAGAUGGAGGUUUGAGGACAGGACUGAACUCCAAUAUCAGAGGGCAGAUUUAUGUUGUUUUACAGUUAGGUGUCAGACUAAUUUUUCUACAACUGAAUCUACUUUAUCAUUUAUUUAUUUUUAUUUUAUUUUGCUCUAGAGUGAUAUGAAUGGAAUUCUUAGAUCUGGUUUAGGAAUUUUACCUAAGAUGUUCUUACCUGAGAUGUUUUCUUCACUCAGAGGGUGGAGAGGCACA